AUGUCAGCCAAAGAUCCGGUCACAUUUAUGGCGAUGUGGGGCUCGAUGAAGGACUAUAACCCUGAUCAGGGGUUCAGUUUUGAGGGCCCGGAGAAGCGUCUGGAGGUGAUUAUCCGAUUUCUUCCCGAAACCCACCCCGACGGUCUGUACAGCCUCGAGGAUGACGUGUGGGUUCAUGUGGUGGGCACCUUAAAUGCCCAAAUCGUCUCAAAGGAGAAGAACGCUCAUAUCAAAAGCUACGUUCUGACGGAGAGCUCACUCUUUGUGAUGAGCAAUCGCAUUAUCCUCAUCACGUGCGGGACUACGACCCUGCUGAACAGCAUCCCUGCGAUCCUCAAGGCCAUCAGCGCGGUCCGCGCGGAGCUGGAGUGGGCGUCCUUUAUGCACAAGAACUACUCCUUUCCGUGGGAGCAGCGCGGCCCGCACACCUCCCUCUCUGAUGAGAUCGCCACGCUGAAGGGUCACUUCCCCACAGGGAAGACCUACAUCCUCGGCCCGGUGGACAGCGACCACUACAUCUUCUUUUGUUACGACGACAUCAUCCGUCCGCAGAGCACCGAGGAUGACACACAGCUCAACAUGACCAUGUACGGCCUGGACAAGGCCCAGACCCGGCACUGGUUCAGCCCUUGCUUCCUCGCAACAGGGGUGGAGACCGCGGGGAUCCGCGCCGAGACGCGGCUGGACCGCCUCCUCGACGGGGACUGGACACUGCACGACCUGCAGUUCGAGCCCUGCGGCUACAGCGUGAAUGCCGUGCGCGGGGAGGAGUACCAGACAAUCCACAUCACCCCGGAGGACCACUGCUCCUUCGCCUCCUACGAGACGAACUGCCACGACGCGAACUACGCGGCGCGCAUCACCAAUGUGCUCAGCGUUUUUCGCCCACAGCGCUUCACCGUGCUCGUUUUUCUCGACCCCGAGAGCGCCGUCGGAAAGGCCUACCACCGCACCCACCCCAUCGGCGUCGAACCGGAGUACUUUACCGAGUACGAGAUUUCCAAUCGAACGGUGAAUGAGUUUGCACCGGGCUAUGUGGCGAUAAAAAUUAACUAUGUGAGGUCACCGGUCGUAGAGGAUGUAGUUAAGCCAAGCGUAUAA